AUGACAACAAAUAAUAAUAUAGAAAAUGUUAUAAAUGAACUAAGAAUUAUUUCUCAGACUUCAUCAAAUAAAUUUAUGAUUAUUACUCAAGAAUCAUUACCAAAUUCAACUUUAAAUUUUUAUAAUUCAGUUCAUUUUAAAGAAGACCAAAUUGAAGAAAUUAAAUUGAUUCUAGGUAGAGCUACAUUAACUACUAUUAAACCAACUUUAAAACAAAUGUAUGCAUUAAAAUUAAAUAAAAGACAUCCAAAUUCUACAAUUUUAAUUAAUCAAUACAAAGAUUUAUUUAACUCAUUAUCACAAGUUGUAUGUAAAGAAGUUGCAAAACAAUGGAUUAAAAUUGUUGAACCAAGUAAACAAGCUUUAUAUCCUUAUAGAGAUUUUAAUAAUUCAAAACCAAGUUGGUGGCCAAGAAAUGUUGAUCAUAUUGAACCAGAUCAUUUGGAUAAAUUUGGUAGAGUUGAUGUAUUAAUUAAUAUUUUAAGAUAUCCAUCAUUUGAUUUAAGAAAAAUCUCGUUGAAAAAUGCAAUAUUUGAAUCCAGACCAGCAAUACAAUUAAUUUUACAAGAAAUAUUAUAUUUAGCAAUUUAUGAAAGAUGUUUUUUUAACGAGUAUAGAAAUCAAGAUGAAUUAUUUGAAUUGAUUCCUCAACAUGAAAAAUCUUAUUUUGAUAAUGAAACUGUUAUGAUUAUGACAAGUAAUUUGAGAUUUUGUAAUGAUGAAUUAUUAAUGGUUAGAAAUAUGGAUCAAACAAAUUUAAAUGAUUAUAUUUUUGGAUUAAAUGAAGUGAAAAACAAUGCAAAUAAAAUUAAGCCAUCAAAAAAGUUUAAUCAAAAAUCUACUACCUCAAAAAAACCAAGUAAAUCAAAUAGACUUAGUGGUACAUCAAAAGUUGCCAAACCAAGUAAAAAAAAAAGUUCAAAAAAAGUUUUAAGUGAUGCAGUAGAAGUUAAAAUAAGAGAAGAUCAACCAGAAGAGAUUAAAAAAGAAAUUAAAUCAUUAGCUACUUCAAGAGCGGGUCAACUCUUAGAAGAUCAUGAAUUAAUUAAAUCAUUAAAAAGUAGACAAAAAAUUGAAAUCAAUGAAUUAAUCAAUAAAGAAGAAGAUGACGAUAAGGAAAAUGAACAAGCACAACAACAACAACAACAACAACAACACCACCAACAACACCAACAAGUCAAUAAAAUUAGAUCGUCACCUUAUUUUUCAAGUGAUGAUGCAUUAAGUGUUUUUAAAAUUAAAAUACAACAAGCUAAUAAUAAUAAAGAAGUUGCAUAUGAUGAAAAUGAUGAAAUUGAUCUUGAACCAAUUCAUUUGUCAUUAGAUCCUGAUGAAUUAGAAGAAGACGAAGAAGACAAAAUGGAAAUAGAACAAGGAGAAGAAGGAACAAAAGCAAAUAAUACUGAACCAAAUAAAGGAGAUGUUGAAGUGACUGAGGAUGACAAUAAUUCAGCAAGUAAUGAUAAAGAAUAUAUUUCAAACAUCAAAUUUGAAAGACCUAUAUCAAGUUAUUUAAGACCUUUACGUUCAAGAACUAGAGAAUUAACUCCAUAUAAUGAACCAGUUGACGAACAUUCCAUGUAUGAAGUAAAAGAAGAAGAAGAAGAAGAUACUCAAGUUGAUAGUUUUAAUCACGCAGAUAAUGAUAAUUGUGCAAGAUUAACUGCUUAUGGAAGUUAUAUGUUUGUUGAAGAAGAUGCUAAUAGAAAAUUCACAACCAAAUCAGAUGGUGGUUCAACUAGCAGUGAUGAUUAUGAUGAUGAGUUUUCAAGUGAUAAAUUAGAAUAUGCAGAAAAUUAUUAUUCCAUUUAUGAAAAAAAUCAAAAAAUAAAAUUAGAAAAUACAGAUCAGCAAUUAAAAGAUUUAAAAUUAGAUAAAAUGAAUAUGUCAACUCCUAAUUCUUCAGUUGUUGAAGAAGAAUCAUCUCAAAUUAUACAAGAUCAAUUCCAAACUGCAGAAUCUCAUUUUUCAUCAGCUGAAUUAUAUUAUGAUCAAAUUAUAAAUCAAUCUGGUUGUCAAGAUUAUGUUUCAAAUUCUCAAAUAUAUACAAACCAAGGUGAAGAUGCUGAAUUAAUUGUCAACGAUUUCAAUAUCACCAAUACUACUACAAUCAACAAUUCUUAUAUUAUGUCUAAUGAUGGGUUAUAUUCAAAUGAUACUACUGGGUUAGAUAAUGAAAAUGUGUUUGAUAAAAAUUUUUACGAAAAUAAAAAUUUAGAUAAUCUAGAACAAAUUAUUUAA